AUGUCUGCAACCAUCAACUUGGAACUUUUCAAGGAUUACUUUGAAGGAGCUCCUGUCAUCCAGGUUCCUGGGCGUCUUUUCCCUAUUCAACUUCGAUAUCAUCCAAUCAAGCAGUAUAUCCCUGAAAAUGAGAAGAAGAGUCAUAAGAUUGACCCGGAGCCGUACGUCAGAAUUCUUGAACUCAUUGACAAACAGUUCCCUUCUACGGAACGAGGGGAUGCUUUAGUAUUCUUGAAUGGUGUGGCUGAAAUCACUACGGUUGCCGAAGCUUUGAAGACGUACGCUGAGCUCACAAAGGGUUGGAUUAUUCUUAUGUUGCACAGUACCUUGUCAGUGGAUGAACAGGAUAAGGUGUUUGACGUUGCCCCGUCAGGUGUAAGAAAAUGUAUACUUUCAACAAAUAUUGCUGAAACCUCAGUGACUAUUGAUGGGAUACGCUUUGUGAUAGAUUCCGGAAAGGUUAAUUUAAUCAAACCAGCGAAACUGGAGCUGAGUGAAUUCUGGGUUUCAAAGGCUUCGGCUGACCAGCGAAAAGGCCGAGCUGGACGUACAGGACCGGGUAUAUGUUACCGCCUGUAUUCAGAGGAGCAAUACAAUAAGAUGGACGACUUCACAUCAUCGGAAAUCAAGCGGGUAUCCUUGCAAGAGAUGGCUCUCCGGAUGAUAAGUCUGAAUCUUGGGUUGGACCCACGAACGUUUCCCUUCAUUGAGAGACCUGAAGAGGAGAAAUUGGAAGAGGCACUGAACAUCCUCAAGUUUCAGGGAGUCUUAUAUCCGGACCGUGACAACCAGCUCACAGCUUUGGGAAAUACGAUUGCCAAACUACCAGUAGACGUGGCGAUUGCCAAGAUGCUGGUUUUGGGCUGCGUAGUGGAUCACGUGGAAGUGAUUCUUACAGUUGCUGCCGGCUUAUCUGUACAGAGUCCAUUCACAAAUCGGUCUUAUCGAGAACUUGACGUUGUUCAGAGAAGAGAAAGUUUAACGAGUUCUAUGGGUGAUCCGUUCACUCUUAUAGAAAUAUUCAGAGAGUGGAUGCUGCAAAAAUCAACCACUGGCAAAGUUCGUCGUUGGGCGCUAGAAAAUGGCAUCGAUGAACACAGAAUGUAUGAAAUAAGUAAGCUGAGGUUCCAAUACAGGCAGAUCCUUGAAGACGCUGGGCUAAUUGAAAAGCCAGAUGCACAUGAGCUGGGAGAAGAUGAUUCACGACAAAGGAGAAUCGACCAAGGGGACAGGAAGAAGUUACUGGACUUGAAGCGUGAUGCCAGAAAUCAGGAGAAAACAAGGAAAGUAUUACGAGCAGACAAGCAUUUCGACUCAAUACUCAAUGACAUGGAGGAAGAGGAUCUCGGUAUGACAUUAUCAACGCUUGGCAAUAUUCGCAGUCUCAAACUCUGUUUUCUAGAGAAUGAAAAGGAUCCUAUGAAGGCUGACGUCAAAACUGUCGAGUUCUUGUUGAGCUACAAGCAAAGAGAUGUGGAAAAAAUUCGACGAAGCCAUAAAUUGCGUCGAAAAGAUGCAGAGGUCAUUCGCAUCAUCAUUGCUGCUGGCUUGUAUCCUAAUUACACAGUCCCAGAUCCUUUGAACAAGUAUCAGCAUGGCCAAGAAAUGUUUGUACAUACUCGCAUGAAACCUUUCAGUUUGAUUCAUCCUAAUUCAACAAUAGCGCAGUAUCAUGCA